AAUUUGUAUAUAUAAUGUUCAUUCCGCGCAAGGCGCGGAUCUUAACCUAGUUUAUCAGUAAAUGGGAUGGCAAUGGCACUUUUUAUAUAUUUUAUUAUGUAUCAAAUCCUAAAAUUAAUCUGCGAGUGCAGCGGUUGCAAUCUAUGGUUUGAGAAUCUUAAUAUACAGAGUUUGAUUCCUUUGUCUACACAACAAGUUGCGCAUGGGAUACUUCGCGCCUCGGAAUACGGCCUAGGUUAAAUCUGGAUCACCGAUGAUUCAUAAUUCCUCAAGUUCUAGAAUUUAUUAUUUUAUCUCUACUUUUUCUUGUAGGAUUUCAAAGAUUUGGAAUAAACUCAGGAAGCAAAGCUGACAAUAAUUAAUGUUAUAAACAAUUUAAAUAGAAUGAUAAAAUAAGAAGACAUAUUUUUUAAAACUCAAAGAUGAUUUCGAAAACGAAACACAUAUCUGAUCUAUUUUCUUAACACAAUAAGUUUUUUUUAAAUACAUGAUGGUCUUUUUGUUUUCUAAAUUAUGUGAUACAAUUGUAUGUGAAAUUUUUUCACAACUAACAAAAACAAAAUCUAAGUGCUUAUAUUUCUACACUAUACUAAUGUUGAAAUCUACUUUAAAACAUACCAAUGACAUAUGAAAUUUGCUAGAAUAUAGGAGUAAUAUUUAAUACGUGAAUUAAAUAAAUGAGACAAGAAGUUUAUUUUUUUUUGUCAACAGACGUUUAUUUAAAUUUUUCUUAACACACAAAUAAAAAGACAAAAAAGUCGAACCAAUCCAAAUCAAAUGGUUUAAAGCUUGGAUUAACUUGACUCAUUUAAUAAAUGGAUUAGUCCAUAAUUGGGCUAUAUUUUCAAUACAAAGUGCAAAAUAUUGGAGUUGUUUGAGUCAAUCACCAAUUAUUUUGGGCUUGUCAUUAUCAAUGAAUUUGGUCAACAAAAAUGAUCCCGUAAGAAAAUUCAUUGGAAAGAACUACGUAAUAAACCACACAAUAUGUAGACUCGCGGUACAGAUCAUUCUCGGAAUAAAAGGGUCGUCUUGGUUCUCGUUUCAGACAGAGCCGUGCACACCGUUGUGAGAAAAAGGCGCAAGCGGCUUGCGGCAUGCCCCUUAAUUUUCAAUCAAAUUCUAGGGACUCUUUUGUGUAUGAAAGAUUAGAAACCUUGAGCAAUAUGAAAUUUUCACUAUUAUUUCAAAUGCUUUACAAAAUGACAUAUAACCAGUUUAUAUAGAAACUUGACAAUAGUUUAGUGUAGCCAUAUGUCUUAUCUUCAUCAUUAGCUGUAAAGUAGUCUAGUCAUCCUUGACAGUCUGUAAGAAAUCAAAUAUGUUAUUGAGCUGAAUUGUCUUUUUGCUUUCUCUAACGUUUGUUUUUGCAGGUACAAGUGAAUGACUCUUUUGUCUUUUAUUGGACUUCAGAGAUGGGCUUGAGGUUUUAUCCUCUUGGGCUUGUAUUGAGUUACUCACGUCCCCUCAAAUUCGGGGUAGGUGACUUCAAUGACUCCGAGUUUGGAUCUCAAGUCAAAAAAUAGUCGCCUCGCCAGCGGUUUAGUGAAGAUAUCAGCGAGCUGAAGAGAAGCAGGGAUGUGUUGAGUCUCAAUCAGUCCAAAGGCAACUUGUUCACGGAUGUAGUGGAAGUCAGUGUCAAAAUGCUUCGAUCGAUUGUGCAGAGCUGGGUUUGCACUGAGAUGCACGGAUGACAGAUUGUCGCAGUGAAGAAGCAUUGGACAGAAUUGAGAGACAUUGAGGUCCUUGAGAAGAGCAGAGAGCCACGUGAGUUCUUGAGCAGCAGCUGUCAGAGCUUUGUAUUCAGCUUCUGUAGAUGAUUUUGCGACUGUAGGCUGUCGCUUGGCAGACUACAAAAUGGGAUUAUAUCCAAGAAGAAUGCAAAAUCCAGUUGUGGAGCGUCCGGUUUCUUUGCAUCCUGCCCAGUCGCUGUCACUGUAUCCCAUGAAUAUCAAGUCUUUGUCCUUGUGAAUCUGCAUUGCGUGCCCUUUAUGUAUCGUAGAAUCCGCUUCAUAAAACCAAAGUCACUCAUAGUAGGGGAGUGCAUUCGUUGACAUACGUAGUUAACAGAGUAUUGUAUGUCGGGUCUUGUGAUGAUUAGGUACUAAAGUUUUCCAGCAAGGCUCCUGAAGUAAGUUGGUUUAGGGAACAUCUUAGUGCUAGGGUCUUCUAUUCUCUGAGGAAGAGGGGUUGGCAUGGGAUUACAGUACGACAUUGCAGCCUGAUAGACAACGUCUUCAGCAUACGCUUUCUAGUGAAGAAACAGAGAUCCAUCGUUAGACUAUAUCUCAAUGUCGAGGAAGUAGCAUGGCUUGCCAAGAUCUUUCAUCGAGAAUAUGUUGUGUAGUGCACGAAGGAGUUCUUGUAUCAGAGCGUCAUCACUUCUUGUUAGCAUAAUAUCAUUGACGUAUACUAGUAGUAUCAAUGUCUUGUCAUUUGAGUGAAGCGUGAACAAGGACAUGUCUAAUUUGCUACAGGUCGCUUGACAUUUAGCAAGGGAAUGCUCAUUAUGUUGAACAUCUCCAUUAUAAUCACCAGGGCCUCAACUUUUAUGUGUAUUAAUGAGACAGAACAUACAAAUUUCUGUUAUAGGUUCGAUGCACCACGAGUUUUAGGUAUUUUACAUGUUAAAUGUAGUUUAGUAAAGCUAAAGAAAAGUUCCUAGGAUUUGUUUUAUCAUUCUGAUUUUAGUUAUGUUUUUUUUUUAACUUACACCCCAAUCUUUUGUGGUGUCAUGUUUUUCUUCCUUGAUGCAGAGCUACGAACCCGUGUGAUAAAAAAGAAUCUGAAUCCAGAAUGGAACGAAAACUUGACACUUUCUGCUACUGAUCCAAUUCUUCCUGUUAAGAUCGUAUGGGAUUCCUACACUACAACAACCUGUUCUUUCUCAGUAAGAUUGAAACAGAACAGAACAUACAUGGAAGUUUGUCAUUUUAUUAUUUAAAUGCAAUUUUCAACGUAAUAUUAAUUAUAAAUGCACUGAUUUUAUAAAGAUUUUUUUUUAUCUCAAUGGUUGAAUAUAUGUAAUUAAUAAGAACUUAAAUCUAUUUCAAUCAUUUUUUUUUUAAUUUGUGUGAAAAUGUCAAAGUGACACUUUUUGCGAAACAGAAAAAAUAUGUUUUAUCAUUUUUACUAGUCAUUUGGAGAUGCCUAAGUUUUAUAACUUUUACUGUGAUUUUCUAUAUUAAAAAUCUUAAGUAUACUAUAUAUUAUGCUACGUCACUGAAAAAUAAAAAGGUUAUGAGUAUUUGAUAUUUUCUAUAAGAUCUAAUAUCUAUACUAAUAAAGUUCACUAGAAAGGCUCUAUAAUACGCCACCUCAGCGAAGGUUAUUCCAAAAUGUGACACGUGACGUUGUUUCUUCACUCUUUGUUUCUGAAAAAUGGAUUGUCUACUUACGAGAGCCUUAUGUUGCAUUUGAUUUAUUUGUUUGGGCCUAUCAUUAUUCCAAAAUAUCGGCCCGAAAAUCUUUAUUCUUCGAUCAUGUAUGGUUGGAACAAAUUAGCCAACAAAGAUUGUUAGUUUACAUAACGCCUUCCCCCGGAAUUCAGUCAACCACUAUAAUGAUCUCAUUAAUGUCAUUAUCAUCACUACCUCCACUCUCUCGCAUUCAUUAGCUCACUCACACCGCCAUGGAAACGUCUGAAAACUACAACUAUAACUAUAAAUAUCAUAGUUGGAUUCACUAAAAAUCACAAAUCUCAUCAAAUCAUUUCACAUUUUCUAUUCUUAUCAAAAAAGAAAUUCUACAUCCUCUCUCUUCAGUUCAGCUAUCUUCAAUGGCCACAGUGACCUACUUCUAACUGAAUUGAAAGCCGAACGGUGUCCGAAACUAGUCGAGGCGCGAUUGCUCCUAGGGAGGCUUGUAAUGCAAAGAAAGAAGGUGAACUCAUGGGUCUCGACAUGAUCUUGGUAGAUGAAAGGUAAACGCAAAGUAGGUGAGAUGGAUGGUUGAUAAUUUCAGGAGGCUCUCUGGUGACUCGCGGAUCAUGGACCAUGGCAAGUAUGAAGUAUCACAUACAAUAACAUCAACCCCAUAAAUUUUUUUUCACAACACGACUUCCAAAAUAUCACAAUAUAACAUUCACUCUCAAAAUGAGGGCACAACACACAAAAAAACACAAUCACUCAGAAUUGCUCAAAACAUAUUUACAAUGAGGGUUAAGCUUUGUGCCUCUCAACACACACUAUUUCCAUAACAAUAUUACACAACAAAUAAAAAAUGUGCAAACAAAAAAUAACAAAACAUGUGACACCACUUACGUUUCAACUAUGCGUGCAUAUAAAUUAAGAACCGAAAACUGAAUUGAAGCAACAAAAAAAGACAAUCCAAAACUAAACAGAAAUUCACAAACAAUCGAGCGGUUUAUAUAUUUUUGAAGCUGAAAAAUCGAAACCGUAUCAUAGAACCAAAUAAGAACCUAAGAUGUUAAUUUUAUUUAGUUAUAAAAUUACCAAAAAAAAUCUUAUUUAUAAACCAAAUAUCCAAAAAUAUGAAAUAAAAAAAUAUGUGCCACCACUAAAUAUGUGCAACAAAUAAAUACAGUAAAAAUUGUGCAAACAGAAAAUAACAAAACAUGCGCUAUCACUAUGGUUUCAACUAUGCCUCAGCAUAUUAAUUAAGAAGAAAAAUCCGAAUCGAAGCCGAAAAAAAUGAAUCUGAAACUGAACAAAUUUCACAAAUAACCGAGCGGUUCAUAUAUUUCUAAAACUGGAAAACUAAAACCGUGUUAGAACGAAACAGAGAACUGAAUGAGUACUUAAAAUAUAAAUUAUAUUUAGUUUUAAAAUUACCAAUAUAUAAUAUUACUAAAAUAUGAAAUACCAGAAUAUUUAUUUAUCCUAAAUAUUUAAAAUUAUUUGAGUUAUCCGAAAUAACAGAAUUAUCCAAAUAGUUUUUUUCAAUAUUAAAAUUUAUCUGGAUUAUCCGAUAUUAUCUAAUAAAGAAUAAAACUUUUGCUGACAUGUUGUGUUUAACUUUUUUGCGGUUCCUGACGUGGUAUAAAUAGAAGAUAAAUAUCAAAUUUAUUAAUAUAGAUAAUAUAAAGGGAUAAUUUGAAAAAUACUCUACUUAUAGUUUAAAAUUUGAAUAAUAUGCUUAUAUUUUUAAGUUUUGAAAAGUACACUUUCGGAAAUGUGAUAAGAAAUUUUUAUCCAAAAUUAAAUAAAAAAUUACGUAUUCUAAUUACUACUAAAUUACAAAUUCAAAAUUACUAUUAUUAUUGUUUAUGUUUAUGCUAAUACAAUUUUCCUGAUUUCAUGUAUCCUCGUAGAUCUUUGCAGUAGCGAGAGAAAAAAAAAUCUAUCACAGCAGCAUCAAAGUAUGUGAAUUUUUGAAUUAGUGGAUUUAUGUGCUUACUUCAUUAUGUCAAUUUCAGAGGAAAUGUAUCCCAAUUGUUUAUGUAUGAUGAUCUCAGUAAACUGGUCUAAAUUUCCCAGGUCUAAAGUGUGUGUGUUGAGCAUUCAAAACAUGUUUUGGGAACUUACUUUGGUGUCUGUGGGAUACAGAAUUUGAAUGUAGAAAAUCUAUCACUCAUGAGACACAUCGAACAAUAUACAAAAAUUAUCAUACUGUAUAAAGGAUACUACUUUUGAUGUUUUCUGAAUCAAAAGAAAAGCAACAGGCUAUAUAGAAAGAUUAUUCAGGUCUUCUUUUGAAAGAUGUAAUAAUAAUCUUAACAUGAUAAGAAAUCAUAUGAUGAAACUACUGCAGCCGUAGAUGUUGGCUAUACAAAGAGCCGAUGUCUACGAGAUUAGAUGACUAGAAUAUACAAAAUCAAAUUACACCUAAGAAUAUUGGUAACAAAAUAACACAAACAUAUAAGCUCUACAAAAAUGGAGAACUAGAGGAAAAAUAUGAUGAUGCAAAUAAAUGGAGGCCCAGAGACGAAUGAAGAAAUAGAGAAAAUGGAAAAACGUCAACUUUUUAGUUUUUUCAUCAAAAUAAAUGUAAGAUAUCGUAUAAUAAGAUAUUAUACACAUAUUUAGGAGUAUUAUUUAAAAACAAAAAAAUAAUCUGUAAAAUAAAUAUAUUUAUCUAGAUUGGGUAAUUUAGUCAUUUAACUUAAAUAAAAGUCUAGCUUUCAAAAUAGAUAAAUGGAAUUAUAGUUUUCAAAAUAAAAUCUCAAGUAAAUGUAUUUAUCCAAAUUUUUCCUAAUAUACACCUACAAUGCUGGAUGUUGUAUAGAAUAAUUAUUUAUUUAUUUUUGCCUAUAUUUGUUUUCUAGGAGUAAACCAUAUCUGAAGCAAAACAAACUUAAUUUUAUUAUUAAUCAAAUGUUUACAAAUGUUAUGAACGAUAAAUUCCAAUGUUGUAUGUAUUCUAUUUAUAGAAGAUAUAUACAUAUAUGUACAAACUUAGGAGAUUACAGAAGAAAUACAAAAAAAUAAUUGAACUCAACUAUGCAAUCAUAUUAACAAAAUACUUAUAUCACAAUAUUCAAAUCAUAUAUACAACAUAAUCCUAAUAAAGACUAAUUGUUAUGCAUCCACCCUAUCUCAAUAUUAAGUUCUAAUUUUGAUGCAUGAAAAUACUGCCGCUCCCCUCUUGUAAUCAUAUCUGCCACCAAUCAGUGACAAUACUUUCUCCUAAUUUGUUGAGAGACGUGUGUUUUUCUUUGAAGUAUUGAAAAAAGCUAGGUGCUAUCUCUAGUCUAAAUCAAUAGCAAGACUAACUAACAUAACAAAUUAAGCACGACAAUAAAAACAUGAAAUGUGGAUAGCAAACAUGCACGUCACUUACUUAUGCUCCUCAGGUGUAUAAAUAAAGGCCUCCAAGGAUUCGUGAAACUAAAAUGCAAACCCUCUUCCUCAAUAAGUUUUAAUUUGGUUAGAUACUUCUAGUGUUUAUCCUUGGUCCAUGGAGGGUUCGCCAAAAGGGUUGAGAAAAGGUGCAUGGACUGCUGAAGAAGAUAGUCUCUUAAGGCAAUGCAUUGAUAAGUAUGGAGAAGGAAAAUGGCACCAAGUUCCUCUGCGAGCAGGGCUAAAUCGGUGCAGGAAGAGCUGUAGACUAAGAUGGUUGAACUAUUUGAAGCCGAGUAUCAAGAAAGGAAAACUUAGCUCUGAUGAAGUUGAUCUUCUUCUUCGCCUUCAUAGGCUUCUAGGAAACAGGUGGUCUUUAAUUGCUGGUAGAUUACCCGGUAGGACCGCUAAUGAUGUCAAGAACUACUGGAACACCCAUUUGAGUAAGAAACAUGAACCAGGCUGUAAUACCAAGAUGAGAAAGAGAAACAUUCCUUGCUCUUCAACCCAACCCGCCCAAAAAAAUGAAGUUCUCAAACCUCGACCUCGAUCCUUCACGGUUAACAACGGCUGCAGCCAUUUCAAUGGCCAGCCAAAAGUUGACGUUAUUCCUCUAUUCCUUGGAGUAAACAACACUAAUAAUGUUUGUGAAAAUAGUAUCACAUAUAAAAAAGAUGCGGAGAAAUAUGAGCUCGUUAAUAAUUUAAUGGAUGGAGAGAACAUGUGGUGGAAGAGUUUGCUAGAGGAGAGCCAAGAACCAGUUGCGAUUGUUCCAGAAUCUACAGAGACAGAAAAGCUAGCAACCUCGGCGUUUGACGUUGAGCAACUUUGGAAUCUGUUAGAUGGUGAGACCGUGGAACUUGAUUAGUGUUACAAGGUCGUUUGUUUGUGUUUUGUGUGUGCACUUACGUUGGGCAUUUAGUGUGCAAUUGUUUCCUAAUAACCCAAUUAGCUUAUGAUUUGUGUCCGUGUUUAAACUUUGCAAAAGAAAAAGAUAAUAUGGUUUGUAAAAUUUUGGAUUUUUUACACGUAACAAAUCUUUUUUAUGUAUAUGGGUACAAUUUUAAAUCAAA